UACACGAGGUAUCACUGCAGUGCGUGGCCUCAACAUUCGACAGUUGUGGCUUCCGAGUGGCUGAAAACAAUGACUUGAUAGAAGUGAAGCAAGUUGAACAUGUUAUUCAGCAGAUUCUGCGGACCACAUACAAAAAUCGCCACGUUCAUAUAACCCUUGCCACACAGCUUACGUUGAAUCUCCUUCUAAAUAUACUUGACAAAAGCCGAAGUGGAAUGCUGCAGGUUUUGGGGUGUAAGGUGCUAAUGGUGGUGAUGUGUGCGGGGCGCUUGCAGGAGAAGUAUCGUUAUCUUUUCACACAGGUCGCCGAUCAUAACAACUGUUGCACAAGGAGAAGAUUGGCCGCCAUCCUCCGAGACUUGGCACGCAUUCCAGAAUUGCUCUCAGAACAGCCAUCCUUUGGCAUGUCUUUGGUGUCGGCUGCGGUCGAGAGCUGCUUUCGGGAGGUCGAGGGUGAGGUUGGGGUCACGGAGGAGGUGCUAUUGGCCUGGCUGCUGCAGGAACCCCAGACGCUCGUGUGGUGGACGACUCUCUACAGACUGACUGCUGCAGAGCUCGUAUGUCAUGACGUGAAGUGUGGAGUGUGUAAGCAGCGACCAAUAAUCGGGCUUCGAUAUCAGUGUCUGCGGUGCAUAGGUUACAACCUGUGUCAGGACUGUUUCCUUCAUGCCAGAACUUCACGCAGACAUAAACUGACCCACCCUAUUCAGGAGUAUUGUCAUGAGACAACCGGGAAAGAAUGGCGCCGUGCUCUGUUGAAGAUGGUGCGCAACAGAUUCGGAGGAAGACAAGGUUACAAUAAGCAGCGAUAUUUAGCCAUUGCCUCUAGUCCCGAGUCUGGGUGUGACUUGACCAGUCUAUUGUGUGAAGCCGGGGGUGUUCAGGCGUGGUGCGGAAACAGUGAAGACGAGAUGGAGGACGAGGAGGAACUCAUGUCUCGCACGAUCCUCCAUCCCUCAGAGGACAAUGACUCCAAUCAUUCGGGAGACGGAAAUAGCGGUGACAGUGGCAGAGGAAGCCGAGGAAACGGAUCUCCGGCUGAACCCACCAUAAUGCCAACCACUCCGCGGCAGCAGAUACACUCGGUGAUCAUGCACUUAGAGGAGGGACACAGGCAAUUGGAAGAGGAUGCGAAUGGUAACAUGCAGAAGAACGUGGAAGAGCACACCCAGCAGUUGCAAACACAGAUCAACAGACUCAAGGCAAUCCUGCAGAGCUACACUUCAACAAAAGCAGCGCCACAGAUCAAGCCUGGAGGAGCGAGGGCAAGUGUGAGGGGCCUUCCCCGAUUAGAAAGCACUCCCAUAGUAGGGGAGCGAGGCCUGCUCCUCAACCUGUCUCCUAUUGUCAAGCAACCCAGUGCUGAUGACACUGCCGUAUUAGACAACAAGGAGAACCAUCUGGUGGAGAACCCUGAUGGAACUCCUGUCAAAGAGAGCAGAAGUAUACAGCCUAUGAGGAUGCCUUUCACUCCAAGGCUAAAUGGAGUCCCUCAGCAUGGCACUCCCAAUGGCAACACCCAAGAGACUCAAGACAUUGCCGCAUCAAGAUCAGUCCCACCACCAGCGCGACUUCCAAGCUUCACAGAGGUCAAUUUCAGUGACCUGACUUCCUUGACCUCUGCCCCCUCGUCUGUGGCCACGUCACCGAGGGUCGAAGAAAGAGCAGCCAAUGGGGUCUUUGGGGAUGAUGUAGCGCCUGACGUCAGAGAAGAACUGGAGAACAUACUGCACCAGUUGGAUCAGAUCUUUCCACUCUGUAAAUCAGAGAACACAAGAGCAGUGGAACCAGAUGGCGCCGGCGUGGUAGAAGCCGCGUGCGAGCUUGGUGAUGUUUUGGCUGAGUAUGUGAACACAGUUCCAAGCUCAACUGCAUGUGUGUAGAAAGAAAUGGGUGAAAAAGUGUUCGAUGAGCAGUGGAAAGCUGUUUUAUUAAUUUGUCGAGUAGGUACCCACAAUAUCAGUAUUGCACAGAUUUUUAAAAUCAAAUUCUUACAGUUUUGUAAAAUAAUUAUUAUAAGAUAGAAGCGAUCACAUUGGUCUCACGGAAACUAUAUAUAAACGUAUGGAAGAAGAAGAAUUAAUGUUAGACUGAUCAUAUUUAUGAAUCUUGGAUAUUACCAGUGAUAUUGUGUAAUUGUAAUAAAGUUUGAGGGAUUUUCAAAAUCUGAGAUGUUUUUGACUUUGCAAUCUGUGAUUACUUGUUUGUUAACCUAUUUAUAUAUCAAACCAAAUAUUGAGAAGUUUAAGAAUUUAGUCUUCCUCUUUUGAAUUACAGUAAAUUUGUAUAUUAUCUUUGUCUGUUUCAUUCACUGAAACUCUGUGUACUGUGCAUAUAUUUUGGUUAUUUUUCCAUCUGUUGAAAUGCACAUUGGAGGAAAUGGGAUGCUUUGUAUAUAAUUGUGUGCCCCUUUUUUUAUGUAUUUGUUUGUUCAUAUUCAUACUUCUUAAUGCUGUUAUCUGAAGUAGAUAAGGUCAGUAAUUUUUUCUUUCUUUCUUUUUUCCUUUUUUUCUGAUUGAUUUUUGGGUUUAAAUCAACCAGAUAGGUAUUCAAUUUCCUAUCAAAAUUACUGUGUUGUUUGUCUGUAUACAUCUAUACAUUUCACUUUGUUGGAAGUGAUAUCUGAUGAAAGAUAGAAGAAAAUGCUAAGAUUAAAAGCAGUGUUAAUGAAGCUAUUCAGAAAUAUGAGUGAUUCCUUUCCUUUUUCUGUUA